AAUAGCUGCGGUGGAGCCUAGCAGCAUCCUGCUGCCUCUGCAGGGAUCCUCUUGGGCAGCGGAGAGUUUUCCCCACCCCCAGCUCCGCCGCUGCCUCUUUGUUUUCUGGCAGAAGUCUCUGUGCCUUUUCAUUGCCGUUGAGGCGCCGAGCAGGAGCCUACAUGUGCCGCGUGUGCGUCUCGCCGGGAAUGUGAUGCGGGCUGGGAAUCCUGCCGGGCCAGGCAUCUCCCCUGCAGGGCAGCGGAGGCCAAACAGCAGCUUCAGGGGUCUUCUUUCCAUGGACUGCUCCUCCGGUCGAGCAAGGCUUCGAGGCAGCUGGUCUCACUCACAAAACCCUCUUUUGCACUGACAGCGCUUCUGCACCUUGCCACAAGUCGACCACAGGCUAUUGUCAGCAUCGCCGUCUGCAAGCCAGGUACCUGGGAAGGGUGUGCGGAGACGAUCUGUGCCAGGACGAGGGGCAUCAAAGGGAGAAGGGGCAUCAAAGCUGCAGUGGCCGUGGAUUAUGACCACAGGGGAGCUGUGUUGCAUCUGCAAAUCUCUGUUGUGCAUCAAGGGCACAUCUGAACAGACAGGAAGCACCCUCCUGCCCUUCUCCCAGGAAGCAUCUGAAUCAGCCCAGCCCUGCAUCUCCCCCUUUCCUUCCUCUCAGAGCCACUGUGGACACUGAAGAGCUGGAGAAGACGUUGCAGAGGUUCGGAGGCACACCGUGAUGGUGGGAGCCAUUCCACGGCAGCCACGCCGUUUCUGGGGGGUGCCUGACUGGCAGGUGUCUUCAGCUAAUUGUGCCAACGACCACCUGCUGCAGGACAGGGAGGUUAAUCUGAGGCAAAGCCGGGUCCUGCUGCAGAGGGAUGCUGUGCUGCGGAGCGCCUCAUAGUAGAGGGCUCACACACAGAGCCUGAGUGAGAGGGGGCCCAGCUCCCACCCCCUGCCCUUGCACCCUGACCUGUGGCACUUUACAGUCCCCCUCCUGCUGCUGCAUGGGCUCCUGUCGGAGUCCCGGCAAGUGAGGCUCCAUGCGGCACAUCCACACAGAGACGUCUCUGCCCCCAGAGCGCAGCACAGACCCCAGCCUGUCCCGGCCCAGUGGGGAGACACCCUUGGAGCCUUCCUCGCAGUGCUGCACCCACCACAGCAUCCUCAUGGGCUACAAUGAGACAGAGAUCAAGCGCCAGAAGGUUUACCAGGUGUCCAUCUUCUCCCAUCUCUCCAGCUCCUCUGAGAGCAUGGAGCAGUGGGCAGGCACCCGGCCAGCUGUGAAGAGGGGAUACCCUGAACAACGAACUCUGGAGGGGGGGCGAGAUCCCAAACGAACUCACUGGGGUGACAGGGGGCUGGAUGGGGGCCCUGGGCAGCCUUCUCUGGAUGAUGACGAUACCUUUGAAGAUGGUCUGCUGGUGGAGGAGCUCUCCCUUUGUGGCUCUGCCCAGCACUUCUCCCACAGUGGGCUGCGGGUGGUGGAGCACCGCUGUGAGGGCAGCCCUAGCCACAGCCCCAAGGCAAGCAGAGAGGACAAGUCGCAGGAUGUCUCCUCUUCCUCUUCUUCCUCCUCUUCCUCCUCUUCCUCUGCUUCCUCCGCUUCCUCCGCUUCCUCCGCUUCCUCCUCUUCCUCCUCUUCCUCCUCUUCCUCCUCUUCCUCCUCUUCCUCCGCUUCCUCCUUUUCCUCCGCUUCCUCCACUUCCUCCGCUUCCUCUGCUUCCUCCUCCUCCUCCUCCUGGCCCCAGCAUAUUGCUUGCAGUACUUUGCACAUGAGAGGCAGUUGCCCUGUCUCAUCAGGGGAUCAGCCCAUAGACUAUGGAGAGAAUGGGGAGCCAGCACGUGGCCACAAUGUACUUCACCUUGAAUUGCACAGUAUUGCACAAACAACCCAGUUGGACCCUGGUGGGAAGAGAGAAAAGCCAGGGAGCAGCCCAGCUCACACCAGCAGGGCUAGUGGAGAAGCAGAAGGGCCAGCAGUGGCCAAUGGGUGCAGGGAAUCCCCAGUUCCACAGACAACGCUCAGCCCAGAGCCCAGCAACUUGAGCUCCCAGGAGAUGACACCCUGUGGGAGCAGCCAGCUCAGCAGCACCUGCCCAGCCAAAAGGAAGUUGCUGCGUGCUGCCGAGGUUAUGGCCGACUCCUGCUCUGAGGAUGAGAGCCUGUCCCCACCAGCAAGGAAGAAGAGGGUCCUGCCAUGCCAUCCUGUGCCCACAGCCUGCCGCAGCACUGAUGCCAAGGGAGCUCCGUUCUGGAAUCACCUGCUUCCUGCAGCCAAGAGCUCUUCAGAUUGCACUGCGGUGGGGAGGAGGCUGAAGAGUGGGCUGCGCCUCAAAUCGCGACAUCUCCGGACCAGCCUCCGGAGGGGCACCAGGUCCCCUACAGCACCCUGGGCCACCACCACUGUCAGCCAUGCCCUGCUGGGAAACUUUGAGGAGUCCAUCCUGAAGGGGUGCUUUGCACCAUCGGGGAGGAUCGAGGGUUUCACAGCAGAGAUUGGUGCCAGUGGCUCCUACUGUCCCCAGCAUGUCACCCUGCCUGUCGACGUCACCUACUUCGACAUCUCUGAACACAGCGCGCCCUCACCUUUCCUGGGAGUGAUUGACUUGGAGGCCUUGGGAAAGAAGGGUUACAGUGUCCCCAAAGCUGGAACCAUCCAAGUGACCUUAUUUAACCCCAACAAGACUGUGGUGAAGAUGUUCUUGGUGACAUACGACUUCCAGGACAUGCCGGCCAACCAUAUGACCUUCCUACGCCAUCGCAUCUUCCUGGUGCCCGUGGGGGAGGAGGAGGGGUCCACAGUGGCCCCCAGUGACCCACUGGGCACCAGCCCACCCCGCAGGGUCCUCUGCUACCUGAUGCAUCUAAGGUUUCACAGCUCCAAGUCGGGGAAGAUCUACCUUCAUGACGACAUUCGGCUGCUUUUCUCACGCAAGUCGAUUGAGGUGGAUUCGGGGAUCCCCUAUGAACUGAAAUCCUUCACGGAGAUGCCACGGAACCCUUGCUACUCACCCCGGGCCUGACCUUCUUCACCCCCACCCCCCAGGGCCACUGGGGAGCCUCCAACCCAGCACUUUGGGGAGAGAUGAGUAAAGGGGCAGCAAGCACUGCUUUGAGAUAUCACCCACCCUCCUGACCAGCACAGACACCUCUCUCUGCAGCGAGGCUGAGAUCACCCAGGUGGCUUCACCAAGAGGGACAGGGGCUGAGGAGCAGCCCUGGCACUCCAGGGACAUGCUCAGGCCUUCUGCUGGCACUGCUCCCAGCUUGGAGACUUGACUGUGGCUGAGGUGGGUGGGUGUGGAGUGAAGAGUUGGACUGGAGCUAUGAGUAAGACCAUCCACACUGGUCCCAGGUCUGGGAGCAGAAAGUGUGGAAGAGUUUGUAUUUAUUAGUAUUUAUUGUGCUGGGAGCGCAGAGGAGGCUUGUGCAGAGGAUCAGAGAUGCUGUGCUUGUUCUUCCCCCCAGCCCUGCCUGCACCAGGCUGUUCAUGUUCAGGCAGGGCUGUGGGGACUGUGAGGUUGCCUAGGGACAGGGAUGCCUCAGCCCAUGGAAGGGAGAGUGACCCAGUGCUCACACAGGGUGCAGGUCAGGGGUGUGUUAAAAGCCUCUUUGACAGGCUGAGCCUCUCUGGCACCAGCUUUGCCAGGCUAGCCCAACUCCAAGCAGCCUGGGAAGGCCUGCACUUAUCUUCUGAGUCUUUUAGGGCAAGCCAGACCCCAAGAGGCCUAUGGCUAUCAAAGAAGUGGCCACUGCCAGGUUCCUGAAGGUAAGAGACACAGCUGCCACGUGGAUGGGGACCUGGGGCUCUUUGCAGGAAUAUGGGGAUAGCCCUCUGGGCAAGAGCCUCCAGAGCACGUGGGCUGUGGAUCUGAGAAGAUAGCCAAAAAAAAAAAAAAAAGGAACCUUCCACUGUCUGUGUGUGUGGAGUGAAUCCCAUGCAGGAGGCAGCUUUGGGCAGCGUGAUCAGAGGAUGGAGGAUGUUCAGGAGCUCCAGCUUAGUCCCUGGGAAGCAGGGAAACAACGGAGGACAUCAGACUCUGGGAGCCGGGCUGGAUUCUCAAGAGCAGGACUAGGAGAAUCGAGAUUGGGGCAGUCAGAGGCCAGGGCAGAGGGUAAAACAAAUCCUGCACAUUCCCCCUCUGUAUCACCCCUCUGCCCUCUGAGGGUCUCGGCAAGGCUCCCCCUGCCAGCCCAGGCUGUGGGGAUCCUCGGGCCCUCCGUCAGAGGGAACCAGAGGGGACAGGCCCGACCCCAAUGAACUCUCAGCCCUGGGGCUGAGACCCCAGUGUGGGGAAAGGCCAGGAUUGCAGGGGGAUGUGCAGGCGAGGUCCUGCUCUGCCCUCCCCGGGGGCAGCCGAGGGGCUCCGGCCCUGCUGCACUAGGGUUAGGAAGCCUGAACCUGCCCAUAUACUCACAUUGGAUGCCUGAAUCCCCCAGACGGGGGCAUUGAACCCCCCCCUCGCCGGGGGUUGCUCCCGUCAUCCCGGGGCCCUGAAUCCCCCAAACCGUGGCUCUGAACCGUACCCCAGCCGGGGCUCUGAACCCUUUCAGACACCGGGCGCCGCUCCCCACACCGCCCUGGACAGCGGGCCUCGGGAGCCGCCAUGACACCCCUCGCCCCCAGGUCACUGGGGCUGCCCCUCUCGCCGUGGCCCUGCGGGCUCGCGAAGGCCGUGCCGGUACUUUUCGUGUUCGUUUUUACUUUAAUAAACAUCCGUUUGGAGCUCCAGAACGA